UCACUUUCCUGGAAACACACCCAUAACCUCCACCCUCUGACACCAUGGUCAGCUCCUGUUGUGGCUCCGUCUGCUCUGACCAGAGCUGUGGCCGAAGUCUCUGCCUGGAGGCCUGCUGCCAGCCCAGCUGCUGCCAGACCACCUGCUGCAGGACCACCUGCUGCCGCCCCAUCUGCUGCCAGCCCACCUGCCCUCGCCCCACCUGCUGCAUCUCUAGCUGCUACCGCCCCUCCUGCUGUGGGUCCAGCUGUGUUUCCAGCUGCUGCAGGCCUACUUGCUGCAUCUCCAGCUGCUGCAGGCCCCAGUGCUGCCAGCCUGUGUGCUGCCAGCCCACCUGCCCCAGACCUCCACCCUCUGACACCAUGGUCAGCUCCUGUUGUGGAUCCGUCUGCUCUGACCAGAGCUGUGGCCGAAGUCUCUGCCAGGAGACCUGCUGCCAGCCCAGCUGCUGCCAGACCACCUGCUGCAGGACCACCUGCUGCCGCCCCAGCUGUGGUGUGUCCAGCUGCUGCAGCCCCGUCCGCUGCCAGCCCACCUGCCCUCGUCCCACCUGCUGCAUCUCUAGCUGCUGCCGCCCCUCCAGCUGUGUUUCCAGCUGCUACAGGCCUACUUGCUGCAUCUCCAGCUGCUGCAGGCCCCAGUGCUGCCAGCCUGUGUGCUGCCAGCCCACCUGCUCUCGCCCCACCUGCUGCAUCUCUAGCUGCUGCCGCCCCUCCUGCUGUGGGUCCAGCUGUGGUUCCAGCUGCUGCAGGCCUACCUGCUGCAUCUCCAGCUGCUGCAGGCCCCGCUGUUGCCAGUCUGUGUGCUGCCAGCCCACCUGCUCCCGCAUCUCCAGCUGCUGCCGCCCGAGCUGCUGCCUGCGCCCAGUGUGUGGCCGGGUCUCCUGCCACACCACUUGCUAUCGGCCCACCUGUGUCAUCUCCACCUGCCCCCGCCCCGUGUGCUGUCCCUCCUCUUGCUGCUGAGC